CAAAACAGUUUUUGUUCACACAUUGCACAAGUUUUGUGAGAUACGUUAGUUCUUCUUCCUCCUGUGUGUUAUUUCACUGACCCAGAUUAAAUUGUUAUUUUGAUUCGUCAUGGCUGAUUCCAAUACAUCUUCUGGUGGAUUACCGAAAGUUUCUGAGUCUGAUGAUCAAUUGACGAUCAUAAAUAGAUCAAAGAUCUACCUUGUUUCCAAAAAAUUCAUGUGUUCAUCAGUACCAUAUUUUGAAAAAAUGUUUUGCUGUGACUUGUUAGAAACAAGAGAAAGUAAAGUUGAAUUGGAUUUUGAUGAGUACAGUUUUGAUUGUGUACUCAAUUGGAUUCAUUCUGAUUCGGUUCAAAUUAAGAUGGAAAGUGUUAUUCACUUGGCUAAUGUUGCUGAUUAUUUGAUGUUGAACGAUGAUUUAUCAAAGGACUGUUACUCUUAUUUUCAUGCGAAUUUCACCAUUAAACAUCUUCCCGUUGUUAUUCCUCAAGUGACUAAAACAUCUAAACUGAUCAACUCUGGUGCUUUAAACACAUUCAUCUGUCGCCAUUUCUUGAAGAUCAUUAAAACAUCUAUAUUUCUUGAUUACCCAGUUGAAACGGUAGAGUACAUCUGCAGAUUGGAUUUGAUUAUUUCUUCUGAAUAUCAAGUAUUGGAGGCAAUUAUUGAUUGGAUUAAUGUUGAAGCUGUCUCUAGGAAAAAACAUCAUCCGCGAUUAUUAAGAUGUAUUCGUUGGUGUUAUGCUGGAACUGAUGUCUCAUCUAAACUUGAGAAAUUUUCAUUGAUCGCAACAGUCCAAGAUAUUGAUAAAAUUUUGUGCUCUCCCGAUAAUUGUAAACUCGAGUGCUCUCUUAAUCGCACCCAACAAUGUUUCAUCAUGUCUAUCCAGAAAAUUGAUCAUAAACGCUUGAGUUUAAAAUUGCUUCAGUCUCAACAAUUUUGGUUACCCAUUGGGUAUUUUACUCUAGAUAAUUCACUUUCACUUGAAUUUGUUCACGGAGAAAACAUAUCAGAUGUUUUAUUUGAUUGUGGAACUAAAGGAGUUCGAAUUGAUUGGGAUGUUAAGAAGUUCCGUUGGCUCAAUUUUAAAAGUGAUGAGUCCUAUUAUCGUCGUGUUAAUGAACUCAUCACGAGAAGUCAGUAUUCAAGAAGCUCCAUUUGUUACUUGGAUGAUGUUUCUGACGUGUUUGCUGAUGACCCAUUACCUAAACUUUCCAGUUCUAACGUUGCCGUUGAUGCACAACUUCAGUCCGACUUAAUCCGGAGAAAAUCUUCUGCUCACAUUCUGUGGUCUGUAGAGAGUGCUGAAAUGUCGCUACUCGAAUCAGAUGGUAAAUUUAUUGUGAUUGGAAAAACGAAAGAUAAAAAGUUUUACGCUCUUUUUCCAGUUCGUCAUUCUGAAUGGUUCAAAGCUGAAUAUUAUGUGAAUUAUGAUGAUCGAUCUUUUAUCGCUACUGUAUUAGGUCCCAAUAUUUUUAUUCUGACUCAAAAACUGAAGUUUAUUCAGUUCAAUUAUGAAACUAAAUCAUUCAAAAAGACUAAACCGUUCAAAGAUAGCGCAUUGAAAUUUGGAAACUUAACCCUGAAUUCUCGUCAACAAAACGAUGAUAUAAUAGUUUUGAUUGACAAAUCAUCUGGAAAGAUUCACAUCUUUAAUAUUGUCAGCCAAUCUUGGAUUGAAACGGGUCAGAUCAAAAAUCGAAAGCUCAAUAAAACUGAGUAUGAUUAUUUUGUUGAGGAUUAUGAUGAAGAAGCUGAUGCGGAUUUUGUUCCAGAGGAUGAUGAAGAGGAUGAUGGAGAGGAUGAUGGAGAGGAUGAUGGAGAGGAUGAUGGAGAGGAUGAUGGAGAGGAUGAUGAGGAGGUUGAUGAGGUGGAGAAAGAGAAGGAGGAAGAGAAGGAGGAGGAUUGCACUUCUAACCUCAAUAACGAUUUACUGAUGACUUUAACCACAGUCUUUUUGCCAUUAGAUAAAAUCAAACCUAGUUUUAAUCGGAAAUGCCGCUUGUUAAAUGAAUAACUAGAUUGAAUGACCGUCAGAUGAAUCUUAAAUGAUUCAAAGUUUUUUUUAUAUCUGUUAUUACCAAUCACAAAUUGAAACCUAAAACUGGCCCGUUGCACUUCACAUGAUUAAUUAAAUUGGAUAUUCCUUAUCGACCUUAUAUUAUUUGAUUCGAAUUCAUAUGUAGUAUCAAUAAACUUUGAGUUUUUCACCAAUCGUUUCAAA